AUUCGGCGAGCAUCAUAAAAAGCAAAUAUUAGUCAUUAAUAAUAAACAAUACAUUCUUAAAUAUGGAAAAAUCUAAAGAAAAAGAUCCCGUGGACAUAGUUCACCAAAAUGCUAUUCACGUGGAGACAAUAAUGAAGGAGCUGAGACACCAGAAGCUUUACACAGAGUUUAACAUCAACCCCUUUAAGAAACUGCACAUUCUGACAGAUAAGCCCAUGACCAACAUCACAUAUGGAAAAGAAAAGGAGGACCCUGCUUUUCUCAGGAUCAUUCAUGGUGCCCGUCUGGAGCCAACAAAGAAGUACACCCACCCUCAAACUGAAGCACAAGAGAUAGGCUGGUUAUCCAGUCCUCUGCUUGUCUCAGAUCGCAGCGACAGACGACUAAACUUUCCACGGCAGAACUCUGAAAUCACGAAAUACAUGGACGCUGCCUGGCGCAUGAUGGAGCAGACAAAAAAUCUUGGAUAACAGUUUGGGUUGUAUUUUCCUGAUGCCAUAUAACAUUAAUGCUGUCAAAUGCUGGAUAGGAUAUGUGGACAUUUUCAAGUGGCCAUUCUUUGUUGUCGGAAAUAAACAUACUUAA